AAAAAAAAAAACGGUGGGUGGGCCAAGAAACGAUGCUCUGUCUAUCGAACUCGAAACUUUUCUGGCAAUGCGUGGCGGAAGUGAUCCACCCGCACACACGCACAGAAGAAUGUUGGAAAAAAGGUGGUUCUACUCGCCGCCAGCCGGUCGGGUUCCGGUUACCCCAAGAAGACUUCUCUUGCCUAGCAAACAAGAAGAAGGCUGGAAAAAGGGGGGGGUGCACGCAACUUGGGGCAUCGAGGACGCGGCAGCCGCCAGCUGAUGCAACCGUGGCGAGCCGAAUUCUUCAGGCUGCAACUACCAACACGUCGUCGCUCCGCGCAAGCCCUGAAGGGGAGUGGGGCGACUGGGGACCCGAGGGGGACCGAGCAAUAGCUAUCGCGGUAGAAAAAGCUUUGAGCGGCGCUGGAGGUUAUGUUCAUGACCUAAUGGAGGAGGAGCUCGUGACCGCGUCAGCGAGAGAGGCCAGCGGCGACUGGCUGGAGGCUGCGGAUGCGACGUGCGCAACGCUAGUCCCGCGGCGACGACUCGAGAUUCUCGACAUGUAUCGCUUAGGCAGGUUGGAUAUCCAGGGCGUUGAUUGCUCGCAGCCAUCCGAGCUCUACUCUCCUGGGACGAUAUUAUGCAAUCCGUCUGCCCCUGCCGCGGCCGCGUCCCGAGCUGACCUGAAAGGGACAUGGCUGGCGGACUCAACCGCGAGCUUGAUGGCCUGCAGAGCAUUUUUUGACGUUUCGGAGAUGGAGUACGCUAAGGAGAGGGAGGCGGAAGAAGGGGAGGAAGUGGAUGAGAAGGAGGAGGAGGAGGAGGAGGAGGACGAGGAGGAGAAGGAGAAACAAGUGCCCAAGCUUAUGGCGGCGUGCCUGCGUGCCGUGCGUCUGGGCGGAACAUCGGCUGAUGAAGCUGCCGAGGCUGACAUGCGCCUGGCCGCGAUAGCAGAACGGUACGGCCAUCCGUCAGCCGCAGUCCGCAUGUACUUCCACAUGAUGGCGAACCCCGCCACAAACGACCACGGGCGGCUGGUCGUGUCGAUCCUCGGGUUGACGAUGGUCCCACCCACGCUCAUUGGAUCACGGCGAACGAUCGCCGAGUUUCGCUCAGGCUGGGUGCGCGACUUGCAAACCCUGCGGAGGAACCUCGCCACCGGAGUAACCCCGGGUGAGCUCUGGGACCCUGCAGCCGAGGUGGGAAGGACACCGUUCAAUCUGGCGCAUCAAGGCGGUCCCGAUCUUGACAUGAUGACUUCCCUCGCUGGGGUUUACGACGCCGCGGCUCCAUCUCUCCGGUAUGUCGCUCCACAUUGCCGUAGAGACAUGGGCGACGAUAAAGCUGCGACGACAACUCAAGGGCACUCGGAGAGGCCGGUUCGCAUAGGGUUUUUCUCGAUACACCUGAGAGACCACUCCGUCGGCAAGAUGAUGGGUCUUCUCAUCAUGCUGUUGGCGGAAAAUCCAAGUCUGGAGGUCCAUGUCUUCGCGCCGGGUGGUGGUUGUGAUGGAGACGGGGGCAACAGCCAGGCAGGAGACAAGGAAGGGGGAGGGGGGGGAGGUGAUCCGGUCGUCAACGGCCUGCGGUCGGCGGUGCAUCACUGGCAUCAGGCACCUCGAGACCUGCAUUCGGCAAGAAGGGUGGUGUCACAGGAGAAACUAGACGUCCUGGUGUAUCCAGACCUCGGCAUGGAACCGCUCACGUACUUCUUGUCAUUCGCAAGACUAGCCCCGGUGCAGUGCGUCUGGUGGGGCCACCCGGUAACGCCUAGCACCGGCUCCGUCGACUACUUCUUGUCUUUGGAUGUGGAACUGGACGGGGGCCAAGAUGAUUACCUCGAACAGAUGGUCCGUAUGGACGUGGUCAACACGGCGCACUUUAAGCAGAUGGCCGCAUGGGUUUCAGAUUUGGGGUUACCGAGUGGGCCACCCGGCCGAAGGGACAUCAACAGUGACAAGGGACCCCAGUCACCGUUGUCCUUCACAAAUGGUGGCGAAGAAAGCCUGGGCACAUCCAUUUCCAGUACGAUUAAGUCGUUCUCCAAUGCCGACAUGGCGGAUAUACUUCAGAUAUCUCUUCCCUACGCAGAUCUGGCGGCAGCGGAGGCGGGGCCGACUACACCCGCCGCUGCCACCACCACCGGCGUAGCAGCAAGGACGUAUGACGAGCAUGACGUCACCAUCGGCGACCAAGAAGCUGGGCCAUCAUGCCGUCAAAAGUACCUGGUAAUGGGGCGCCUAUUCAAGCUGCACCCUGAUUUCGACGUCGCCAUCAAGGGCAUUCUCGAAGGGGGCAAGGAUGGAUGUGUCAUCUUGAUCCACGAGACAAAAGACGAGGAAUGGACUAGAGUAGUUUGGAGUAGGCUACGGGACGUGCUUGCCCCCCGAGAGAAAAACACAAGGAUCGUGUUACAACCCUUCCUGGUUCGCCCACUCUGUGUUGAUUGCGCUGUAGGUUUGUUCGGCCGUCUACGAAUCAUGCACCACUGGCUCUACCCGCAGGCUCUUCGCCGCGCCACCGCCGUUCUCGAUACCUUCCCUUACGGUGGUUGUUUGACUGUCCUGGAGGGGCUGUCGAACGGAGUGCCAGUCGUGACGCUCCCGGCGAAGUAUGUGAGGGGAAGAUUCGCCUUAGCCAUCUAUCAACAAAUGGGGUACACAGAGCUUGUGGCGGAUGAUGUCCAGGUGGGUGUCGUAUCCCCCCAAAUCUCAUCGGGUUUUUCGGAACUGUUCAUUAUCGGACGCCAGGAAUACGUCUCGCUGGCGGUUCAGCUCGGCAAAGACCAAGACCUCCGGAAAAAAGUGGUGGCCAAAGUGGAAGGGGCAUAUCGAGAGUCCUUGCAUCAGCACCACCAAAGUGCCCAAGAAUGGGCGGCGUUUAUCGUCCGUGCUCAUCGGGGCGCGGAGUCCAACCGAUGA